AAAGACGAUGCCAAUCUUCGCAAGCGACGUUUCUCCAACAUGCAUCUGGUAGUCCUCGGUCUUGUCUCCGUUGACCCAGAACAACAUCUGGCAAUAUCUUCCGACAAGGAUAUCAAUGCCCAAGAUUCACUCGGCAGGACGCCAUUACACUGGGCCUCUGCUCUGCGCGAGGAGAUGUCGCUGCUGCUUUCUAGAAGCCUUCUCGAUGCCAACGCGUCGACUACAAUCCGAGAUAGUCGCAACCAGAUGCCAAUCCAUCACUGUGCCAUGACCGGAAAUGCAGAGGUCAUGAAGCUACUCAUUGUAGCCGCUGCUCUGCGAACCGGGACCACCAAAACGUGGCGCCCUCGCGUCCUUUGAGGAG